CCUAUGGGAUGCUGGGAAUCGAACCCGGGUUGGCCUCGUGCAAGGCAGACGCCCUCCCCACUAUGCUAUCGCUCUAGCCCAACAGAUCAAAUAUCUUGCCCCCCCCUUUUUUUUUGGAGGGGGGAUGCCUCCAGCUGGCAGUGCUCAGGGAUCAGUCCCGGCAGGGCUGGGGCAGCCCCUUGGGGUGCUGGGAAAUGAAGCCGGGUGAGCCGAAGGUGAGGCGAGGCCUAGCCUGCCCCUGGCCCCCGCGCCCCAAUUCCCAACUUGGCUCUGGAAGGACGGGAGCGGAGCAGAUAACGGGGCGAGGGUGUCCCUAGCGGCCUCCCCGCCGGCCCCGCUGUCUCCGGCCCCUGCAGCGCUGCAGCAUGCGGGGCCCUGCCCGCGCCUGGCCGCGCUGACCAUGAGCGCCAACUCCUCCCUGGGCAACGCGACGCAGCAGCGGGGCGCGGGGGCCGGCGCGGCCGGCGUGGCCGAGUUCGUGGUCCUCGUGCUCAUCACCGUGCUGGUGUGCCUGGGCAACCUGGUGGUGGCCGUGACGCUCUACAAGCGCUCCUACCUGCUGACGCUCAGCAACAAGUUCGUCUUCAGCCUCACGCUGUCCAACUUCCUGCUGGCCGUGCUGGUGCUGCCCUUCGUGGUCACCAGCGCGCUGCGCCGCGCCUGGAUCUUCGGCGUCGUCUGGUGCAACUUCUCGGCGCUCCUCUACCUGCUCAUCAGCUCGGCCAGCAUGCUCACCCUGGGGGUCAUCGCCGUUGACCGCUACUACGCCGUGCUGUACCCCAUGGUGUACCCCAUGAAGGUGACGGGGAACCGCGCCGUGAUGGUGGUGGUGUACAUCUGGCUGCACUCGCUGGUGGGCUGCCUGCCGCCGCUGUUCGGCUGGUCGGCCGUGGAGUUCGACGAAUUCAAAUGGAUGUGCGUGGCGGCGUGGCACCGCGAGCCGGGCUACACGGCCUUCUGGCAGGUGUGGUGCGCGCUGCUGCCCUUCUCGGCCAUGCUGGUGUGCUACGGGGUCAUCUUCCGCGUGGCCCGCCUCAAAGCGCGCAAGGUGCACUGCGGGGCCGUGGUGGCGGCCGGCGAGGACGCGGCGGGUGGCGGCGGCGGGGGUGGCCGCAAGAACUCCAGCACGUCCACGUCGUCGUCGUCGGGCGGCGGGGCGGGCGGCCGGCGCCACGCGCUGCAGGCCGUGGCCUACUCGGCCAACCAGUGCAAGGCGCUGGUCACCAUCCUGGUGGUCAUCGGCGCCUUCACGGGCACCUGGGGCCCCUACAUGCUGGUCAUCACGUCCGAGGCGCUGUGGGGCAAGAACUCCGUGGCGCCCGCGCUGGAGACCUGGGCCACGUGGCUGUCCUUCUCCAGCGCCGCCUGCCACCCGCUCAUCUACGGGCUGUGGAACAAGACGGUGCGCAAGGAGCUGCUGGGACUGUGCUUCGGGGACCGCUACUACCGUGAGCCCUUCGUGCCGCGCCCCUGCACCGCGCGCCUCUUCAGCGUGUCCACGCGCAUCACAGAUUUGGGCCUGUCCCCGCACCUCACGGCGCUCAUGGCAGGCGGCCAGCCCCUGGGGAACAGCAGCAGCACCGGAGACACGGGCUUCAGCUGCUCCCAGGACUCAGGCACCGACGUGAUGCUGCUGGAGGACUACCCCACUGAGGACGCGCCUUCCCACUGCAUGUGCCCCCCCAGGAGGAGGAGCUCCGUGACCUUCGAAGACGAAGUGGAACAGGUCAAAGACGCUUCCAGAAACGCUGUCCUCCACGUCAAGGCCGACGUGCACAAGUCCCUGGACAGUUACGCCGCCAGCCUGGCCCGAGCCAUCGAGGCCGAAGCCAAGAUGAACCUGUUCGGGGAGGAGGCCCUGCCCGGGGUGCUGGUGGCCGUGCGGCCCGGCCCGGGGCCCGGCUUUGGGGGCCGCCGCGGGAGCAGGACGCCCGGCCCGCGGCCGCAGCUGCAGAGCAUCGAGGAGGGGACAUGCUGACCACACAGGCCGGGACCGGUCCUCCGAGCGGGCACCUCACGGCCCGACGGGGCUGGCUCUCGUCACCCACACCCCCGCGUCCAGUGCACUCUGGCCUGAGGCGCUGAGCCUCUCCCGCUGGGGCCUCACCCCAGGUGCCGGGAGGGCCACCCGCCCUCCACCCCC